CAGUUGUGCUCGAUGCAGAUUUGUUACGUAAUCAGGCUCAAUUAAUAGCACAGUCCUGGUUAUAAAAGUUAGUACAAAGUGAUCAUUUGAGCAUCAUUCGUGCCCUCGUUGGACUCCGAGACAGAGUAAAUUUCCGAAAAUUCAGUUAAGCAGGAACAAAUUAAAUUUCUGAGAAAAAGUGACAUUUCGAAAUCUUUAAGAAUUUAUAAGACAGUCAAAUCUUCCCAAAAAGAAUAACUUUUAAAAAUCUGCAAAGUUCAUAAACACCAAAAAUGCCGACUGAAAUCGCCUCCAGCGUUCUCGACCUCGUCGGAAAUACUCCGCUUCUCGCCCUCGAUCGUUUGUGGCCUGGUCCUGGUCGGAUUUUGGCGAAAUGCGAGUUUCUCAAUCCAUGCGGUUCGAUUAAGGACAGGUCCUCGCUGCACAUGGUGCAGGGUGCCUUGGCCUCGGGAAAACUCGCCCCGCAUGGAAAAGUGAUCGAGGUGACGAGUGGAAACCAAGGGUGUGGAUUGGCCAUGGUUUGCUCCGUGUUGGACCACCCACUCACUAUCACCAUGUCGAAGGGAAAUUCUCCCCAGAGGGCCGAGAUGAUGCGUGGAUUGGGGGCGAAUGUCAUUCUGACGGAUCAGGUCGAAGGUCAACCCGGCAACGUGACCCUGGCCGACGUCCAAGUCGCUACGGACACAGCGAUGGCCAUCAUAGAAAAAACCGGAGCCUACAAUAUCGACCAGUUCAACAACCCCAACAACUCUCAAGCCCAUUACGAUUCUACCGGAAAAGAAAUCUGGCGCCAAACUGGGGGCAAAGUGGACGCCUGGUUAGCCACCGUCGGCACGGCGGGAACUUUUGCCGGAGUGUCGAGAUUUUUAAAGGAGAAAAAUCCUGACGUCGUCUGCGUCGCGGUGGAACCAGAUGGCGCUCAAGUCAUCAAAGGGUGCGCGGUUGAGCGACCGCUGCAUCUUUUGCAAGGUUCUGGCUACGGCGUGGUCCAGCCGCUCUUUAAAUUCGACACGAUGGACUUCACCCUCGGCGUUACGGACAAGGAGGCGGUCGAAUAUAAGCAGCUUUUAGGCAAGAAAGAAGGCAUUUACGUGGGUUACACGUCCGGCGCGAAUGUCGCGGCGGCCGUGAAGCUGCUGAAAUCUGGCAAGUUACCGAAGGACGCGUGGGUCGUGACCGUGUUGAACGAUACGGGGUUGAAAUAUCCAGAAAUCGAGUUUAAUUGGGACAACGAGUGAUAAACAUGCCAUGAAAAUAUUUACUAUUUUUUCAUGCUCUUCUUUCAUAGAUUGUAUUGUAAUUUUAGACAUCUUUUUACUGCAAUAUCUAACUAAUAAAUAAUAAUCUAAAUGAUAAUUUGUGUGUGCAUUGAACAUUUUUGAAUUUUGGAGGACGAGUAAUAAAUACGAAACAUAUUUAUUAGAAAUUUG